AUGGAUCAAGUAUUCAGCAAGGUCGGUUCUUAUUGGUUGGGCCAACAAACCAACAAGGAGGUUGCCUCCGUCGCCAACGAAAUCAAUUCCUUAUCAACCAGCAUCGAAGGGGGAGCAACAUGGUUGGUUAACAAGAUAAAAGGAAAAGUUCAGAAGCCAUUAACAGAACUUCUCAAGGAGUAUGAGCUGGCAGUAGGUAUAUUCCCGCGUGAUGCGACAAAUUACGAGUUCGAUGAGGAAACGAGAAAGCUGACAGUGCACAUUCCAAAGGUGUGUGAAGUGGGGUACAAAGACCAGUCGGUGUUGCGUUUCUCAACAGUUGUAAAUGGUUAUCUAGAGAAAGGUAAGCUAUGGGAUAUAGAUGGAAUUAAGACAAAGAUGAUUGUGUGGAUAAAGGUGUCUUGUAUUUCAUGUGAUGAAACAAAGAUACAUGUAACUGCCGGUAUGAGGAAAUCCAGAAGCAGAGAUGCAUAUGAGCUUCUUCGAGAUGGGAUCACUGUCGACAAGUUCUAGCUAUACGUACUACGUACUACUGUCGUUUG